CCGAAACGGUCCAACGGCGCAUCUAAGAUGCCGAUCGCGUCGUCAUCUGGCACGCCGCCUUGCAUCGGGAUUCCCGACAGGCAUUGUUCAAUCCUCGUUCCUUGCAUGAAGACCCCCGCGACCGCGCACAUUCUCGCCCUUGUCGCCACGGCGGCACGCCGUGUCGUGUACGGCGACUCGAUCGACCAUGCCCACCUGACGACAUCGGACGUGAUCGAGCUACCGUUCGAGUUGGACCACGUCGGCGGCCUCCCGACACACGACCAACUGAUCGUGUUGUCCAAGUGGUCGCUGGCCGAACUCAACUCAUUCGCCGACUUUUUCCUCCUCAGCCCCCGCAGCCCCCGCCACAAGAAGCAGUCGUUUUCAUUCCACCGAGCGAGUGGCAACUUUGCCGAGUGCCAUGUCGUCCUCGAUGCCACACAGGAUGCAGCUCCCACACCCUACGACCAUGCUAGACACACAAAAAUGCCAUAGAUUCAUAAAUCCACCCGACGUCGGUAGCAUCUCGCGUCCACGGUGGCGGCGAUGGCUACCCUCGGCUCUCUUCGCUACUUGCGCCACCGAGACCAUGUCCACCCAACCCUUCCGUCGCCGUGACCAUGAUGCCAUCGUCAUCGGGAACGACUCGUCAUUCACCCAUCGAUCUAACGUUUAAAGAAUCUGCUGGCGAGACAGGA